UCCAGCAGGGCUCCGGCGGGCGCCGCUCGGCGGUCGUCCUCUCCUCCCCCGGGCCGGCCAGGCGGGCAGGCGCCUGCAGGUUUGUUGCUAGGACAAAGUGAGGAGUGCCCUGCUGACACAACUCUGUCCCCCUGCAGACGGACGCCCGGGAGCCAUGGGUGACUGGGGCUUCCUUGAGAAGCUGCUGGACCAGGUCCAGGAGCACUCGACCGUGGUGGGCAAGAUCUGGCUGACAGUGCUCUUUAUCUUCCGCAUCCUCAUCCUGGGCCUGGCAGGCGAGUCGGUGUGGGGCGAUGAGCAGUCAGAUUUUGAGUGUAACACGGCCCAGCCUGGCUGCGCCAAUGUCUGCUAUGACCAGGCUUUCCCCAUCUCCCACAUCCGCUACUGGGUGCUGCAGUUCCUCUUCGUCAGCACGCCCACCCUGGUCUACCUGGGCCACGUCAUUUACCUGUCCCGGCGAGAGGAGCGACUGCGGCAGAAGGAGGGAGAGCUGCGGGCCCUGCCAGCCAAAGACCCACAAGUGGAAAGGGCGCUGGCGGCCGUGGAACGUCAGAUGGCCAAGAUCUCCGUGGCAGAGGACGGUCGCCUGCGGAUCCGCGGUGCACUGAUGGGCACCUACGUGGCCAGUGUGCUGUGUAAGAGCUUGCUGGAGGCCGGCUUCCUCUAUGGCCAGUGGCGUCUCUAUGGCUGGACCAUGGAGCCAGUGUACGUGUGCCAGCGUGCGCCCUGCCCACACCUGGUGGACUGCUUUGUCUCCCGGCCCACGGAGAAGACCAUCUUCAUCAUCUUCAUGCUGGUGGUUGGACUCAUCUCCCUGGUACUCAACCUGCUGGAGCUGGUGCACCUGCUGUGCCGCUGCCUCAGUCGGGGGAUGAGGGCGCAGCAGGGCCAGGAUGCACCCCCAGCCCAGGCCACAUCCUCAGACUCUUACCCUGACCAGGUCUUCUUCUACCUCCCUGUGGGCGAGGGGCCCUCGUCCCCGCCGUGCCCCACCUACAGUGGGCUCUCGUCCACUGAGCAGAACUGGGCCAACUUGACCACAGAGGAGAGGCUGGCUUCUUCCAGGGGCCCUCUCUUCCUGGACCCACCCCCGCAGAGUGGCCAGAAAAACUCCAGUCGCCCCAGUAGCUCUGCUUCCAAAAAGCAGUAUGUGUAGGGGCCUUGGGCUUCUGUCACUCAGCAGAGGUGUCCCAAGAGGCUGUCAGGCUGCCCCCUCCUGGAAGGCUGCACAGAGGUAACUGGACUGAGGGAGCAGCUAAUUGCUGGCCAAAGGGCCUCCUGGUGGUGGCUCUGGAACACUAGGGACCUUCCUGGGGACCAUCAGGCACUAUGGCUUUCUCUCCAGACAGGGCCCUCUCGGGCUACUCUUGACCAGGGGUUGCAGGAUCAUUUCCACCUGAUCUGGAGGGAUCCAGGCCGACUUACCCCCACUGUUAUGGAAGAGUCGCCUCUGCCCACGUUGUCCUCACAUCCUCUCCUCACGGGAAAAGACUGCAGGAUCAGCCUUGGGCACGGAGACAGAGCCCUGCCAGGCCCACCCUGCCCCGAGGACUGGUGUUUUCAUCACUCCUUCCUAGUUCCAUUGUUCGUGCUUCUAAAAUAAACAGCACUUGAUCACAA